CUAUCAGCGACCAGGUCUCUCCGGAGGUUCCGCGUUAGCCUUGGCUGAAGGCAGGGGAGGGGGCGAGGGCGCAGCGGCCCACCGCGGCUCAAGUCCCUGCCGCCGCUUGCCUCCGGGGCUCUGGCAGGUCCCGGCUUGCCGCCUCCCCCCGGAGACUUGAUGGCCACGGAGGGCCUGGCAGGGGCGCUUGCCACCGUGCUGGGGGGGAAGGGGUUGCUGGUGCAGAGCUGUGACUCGGAGCCGGCUGGCAAGCCGCUGUUGCCCGUGCGGCUGCGGAAGAAUGUCUGCUACGUGGUGCUGGCCGUGUUCCUCAACGAGCAGGAUGAGGUGUUGAUGAUUCAGGAGGCCAAGAGAGAAUGCCGGGGGACAUGGUACCUCCCUGCAGGAAGAAUGGAACCGGGGGAGACCAUCGUGGAGGCCAUGCAGCGGGAGGUGAAGGAGGAGGCUGGGCUGCUCUGUGAGCCAGUGACACUGCUGUCUGUGGAGGAGAGGGGUGCCUCCUGGAUCCGUUUUGUAUUCCUUGCUCGACCAACAGGUGGAGUUCUCAAGACUUCCAAGGACGCUGAUUCCGAGUCCCUACAGGCUGGCUGGUACCCACGGGUCUCCCUGCCUACACCACUUAGAGCCCAUGAUGUUCUGCACCUGGUUGAGCUAGGUGCCAAAUUCUGCCAACAAGCCAUGCACCCUCUCAUUCUGCCUCAAGAGCUUCCCUGCAAUGUGGUCUGCCAGCGCCUGGUGACCGCCUUUACAACAGUCGAGUCGGUGUGGGUGUUGGUGGGCACAGUGGGGACACCUCACUUGCCCAUCACUGCCUGUGGCUUUACCCCUAUGGAGCAAAGGGGUGGCAUCAAGGUGGCUAUCUUGAGGCUACUACAGGAGUGUCUGACUCUGCACAGUUUGGCAGUGGAGACCAAGGGGUUGCUUGGACUACAGCACCUAGGCAGAGACCACGUGGAUGGUGUCUGCCUGAAUGUGCUGGUGACAGUGGCUUUUCGGAACCCAGGAAUCCAAGAUGAGCCCCCAAAGAUUCGGGGUGAAAACUAUUUUUGGUGGAAGGUAUUAGAGGAAGACUUACAAAAACAGCUUCUGUACAGACUCCAGGAAUCUUCUGUGGUCCCCCUGAGCAGAUAGAGAGAAACCAGCAGUGACCAAAAGAUGAGUAGCCGCCCUCCCUCUGGGGCAGAGAAGAGGCUGGCAACCAGGGAUCUUACUGUACAUUUCGAGGGAGCAGGAACCACACAUUGAACCCAAAGGGAGGGUGCCUUGAGUCCAGUCUUCAAGGGCUCAGUUGUUCUGAGGGUACACAAUGCUUCUCUUUAAGUAGGUGAGGAGCUUUUUGGACCCGAAAUAGCACCAUCUUCUUCAUCCACUUUGGAAAAGGCUGCAUGUCAAUCCUUCCAACCCCAUAGGAAUGUAGAGGGGGAUGGGACAUGGGGGACGCAUCCCUCAGGGCAGAGUCCUCAUUGCUGAGUAAAAAGAUGUUGCUUAACUUGC